CCACCACGCAUCUGAGGUAUAAAAGCAACCUGCGUUGCAGCGCGCUUAGUUUCAUUUCGGAGUAGCCGAUUGUGAAACGCAUUUUCAACAUGAAAUUUCACACUAUAGUCCUGGCCACAUUGCUUCUGGCGAGCAUGAUUGCCGCGUAUCCACAGAAAGAUGGGCAAAUCUUCAGCAAUGAGGCGAUCCGGCAAGCUCAGAAUACUUAUCUUAUCCCGAAGGAUGCGACUAUACAAAAGGUUCAAGAGGGUAUCGAAUUGGCCGCUUAUGAAUCAAUCCCCGGGGAUCAGAGGAUCAAUCUCUUCGAGAUCUUGGGCGAGCAUGUGCCACCCGAGGUGGUGAACAAUCUUCAGACCCAAAUCGAUCAAAUAGGUCGAAAUUAAAUUUUUUCCUCUCGCAUAAUCGUCAUUAUCGUCAUCGUCAUGUCAAAAAUAAUCAUAUCUUAAGUGCCUUCAUAGAAAA